GCGGAGACCGGUAAAGAUAAGAGUGUAGUCGUGUUCUCAAAUGGCCAAACUUCAACUUGUAACAUAUCUUCAGCUGGAAAUGAGGACGAACGCGCUGUUGCAAAUAAGUUGCACAAUAAUAACACGGAUAUUAUUUACGUCCCCAUCGAAAAACCCGUGAAUCGAUCUAAUUUGGACGAAAUCGCGCACGACCCCAACAACGUAGCAGACCCGCAAAAUCUCACGACAAUGCAGGAUCCUGCCCGUUUGGAGAAAGCAAGGGACUGGUUGGUUCAGCGGCUCAAUGGGACACCAGCUACCACAACCGAGGCCUGGGAAACUACAAAGGAAAAGCAUGGAACGACGCCUGGAGCAGCGGAGAGAACCACUGUUUCCCAGGCAGAGACGGAACGUGCUGGAGUGCGUGAACUCUCAACGACUGCGGAAAUGUCUGAGCUUGAGGCGACAACCACAACAGAAGGAGCAAACUUGCGCGUAUCAACAGCUCAUAUCCCGUCACCCCCAGAUAGUAGCGCUUCUGCUACAAAGUCAAUCGUCUUCCUACUGGAUGCUUCAUCUGCUGCUCUUGGAGAAGCAUGGAAGAAUGUUCGUUCUUUGAUUAUCUACCUAGUUUCGAAAAGCUUGGCCACCUCCAUGAACAAUGGCUGGUCC